AAUAAGGUGUACGAAUUCAAUGUUGUUGAAGAUAUAAUCAAUAUCCUGUUCCUCCUGGCUUUAUAUCGGAAAAUAAACUGCCUCUUUCGUUUGAGAGACGUCUAUCUACAUGUUGUUUACGCUCUUCAAUAAGAUUCAAGUUUCAAAAUUGAAUCAAACCCAUCUAUCAAAAUCCAAUCUUUAUGGCUCCAGAAACUCGAUCAAGGUCAAGCUCUUCUAAAAGGACAAGAAUUUCCGGCAAUGAGGAGAUGGAGCCGGAUAGAGAACCUAAUAAACGGCAAAAGCAGCCUGAAUUGGAGGAACAAAAACAACGUUUUCCUUCGAAAUCUUGUAUAGGGAGGCUCCAUUCUCGGUUUACUUCUGGAGAAAUUACUCCUGGUAGGUUUGUUGAUUUGGAUUUUUUCACUCGGGAAGGAUUUCAAUUUGCUAGAUGGUUUAAAGAAAUGAAUUGGGUAUCAGUUAUGGUGAUGAAACAAAAAUUUUAUCCAGAGUUGGUGAGACAUUUUUAUUCUAAUUUAUCAUACGAUGUUCAUAAAACCCAAAUCUGUUCUUUUGUGAAAGGGAAAGAAAUCAAGUUAAAUCAAAAGUCAUUGAAGAAAAUUCUUGGAGUUCCUAAUUUAGGGACUGAGAUGUAUGACAAUAAUAAAAAGUGGAUAGAGGAGGCUAGUGUUAGUAGAGUAGAAGCCCUUAAAACCAUUCUUGAAAAUCCUGAUUUAUCUGAAGUGACAAAGAUUAAUUCUUGCCAGUUGACACUUGAAAUGAGAUUGCUUCACCAAAUGGUUGUGCAUAUAAUUCUACCUAGAAAAAGGAGUUUCAACUAUGUAUCUUCUAUGGAUUUAUUGGUUAUGUGGCAUAUUCUUAAAGGAAAGCCGUUUAAUCUUCCAUUUGUGUUGUUAUCUCAUAUGAUUGCUUGCUCAGAAAAGAAAAAUGCAUACUUGCCUUAUGGGAUGAUUCUCACAUCUAUCUUUAACUAUUUUAAAGUUUCUUUUGAGGGAGAAGAGAGUGAAGAAUUGAAGAGUUCUGAUAUUUACAAUGAGUUUACUUUGCAUAAGCUGGAAUAUGUGAAAAAUGAAAGGGGCUGGUUUCUUAAAAAGGAUAAAGCUGUUGUUCAACCAAGUUCAGAAAUCCAUUUUGAGAAUGCUAGUGGAACUGAAGAUGCUUUUCCAGUACUGCCAGACUCAACUUCCCAGCCGAGUCCUUCACAUGACCCUAAUUCAUUGUCUGUGCUAAAGGCUACGUCCUCUGCUCCUCCAUUUCCAAUUGUGUCCUCUGGGGAGGAAGGGCGGUCUUCAGAGGAAAUUAGACAGCCAAGUCUUAUAGAAGGUAUUUUCCACCUUGUAAAGGGUAUGAAGGAAGAUAUGAGAAAUAUGACAAUGGACUCUAAGCUGGAUGAUUUGCAAAACAAGAUUGAGCAUUUGCGAUCCCUAGUUACUCUACUGAGAUUCCAACGGCAAGAGAGGACUCUUGGAGAUAUUUUCCUCCUCCUUGAAGUUAUUAUGAUAGACAUGAGGAAUUUGCGGUCCAAGAUGACUAAUUUUGGAAAUAAGAUUGAUUUUUUGCAAUCACAACUUACUGAAUUUCUUCGCCAAAGGCAAGAUUUGGGUAAAGUUGAUAGAGAAAGCAUGGAGUGGAUGAUUGCUGAGACAGUUACUUUCCGAGGACAAAAUCAUGAUAUCAUUUGUCGCUUUGAAACCAUUAGCAGUGAAAUCCAAGAUUUUUGGGAUUGUUUGUCGUCUAGAAUGGGAGGAAGGACGGCCCUCAGUGGGUGGUAGGCUGCCGAGGACCAGAGAUGAUAGAGUCAACUAGGUAGAGGGCAGAAGAGUAGGCAUCAUGAAUCCCAGAUGGACAGUUUUGGAAACAAGAUGCCAACAAUAAGUUUUCUUAAGGUUGACACAGAAAUCAAAGAAAGGACCAAUGUUCAUAAGUUUGCCAUUCAUGGACAAGUAAGAUAGCAUGUCUUCCUUAAAGAGAAUUGGUCAGAUCCAAAGUUUAUGGGAUUCAUUAUCUUGUAGGAUGAGAUGGAUGAUUUUUCAUAGAUUUUUUUAUUUUUUUGGGAUAUUUGAAGUCCAUUAAUUAGCCAGUUAUUUCGGUCAUUAGCA